AUGACCACGCCGGCCAGCAACGGGAAGGGCCGUGGAAAACCUUUCCCGGACGCACCCUCAGUUACCAGGGAGGAACUCAUGGAGCUCAGGCAACAGCAGCAGGCUCUGCUGGAUCAGCUCAACAAGGCACAGGCCACAGCCAGUACCAGUGGUAGUGUUAUUGGGAGUAGCCCUGAGUUGGACCGGCCCCCAGCUGUGGCAGCCGUCAGUAUCAAGCUGCCCGAUUUUUACCCUUCGGAUCCCGCUCUGUGGUUUGCCCGGGCUGAGUGUCUCUUCAGUCAUCGUGGCAUCACUGCCCAGCGGACCAAGUUCGAUUAUGUAGCUGCGGCACUGUCGGAGCAGUUCUCCAUGGAGGUCCGAGAGCUGCUCAUCAGUCCCCCGCAGACUGAGCCAUACACGACGCUGAAAAGCCAGCUCAUCGCCCGCACUCAGAUGUCUGAGCAGAAGCGACUCCGGCGUCUGCUCACGGAAGAGGAGCUUGGAGACCGCACCCCAUCCCACCUGUUGCGCCGCAUGCAGCAGCUUAUUGGCUCCAGCCAAUUGGAUGAGUCGAUUUUACGGGAGCUGUUUUUGCAGCGACUUCCGAGCAAUGCCCAGCUGGUCCUUGCGUCGACCCCAAAGGCUACAAGCCUUUCCGAAUUAGCUGCCAUUGCUGACCGGGUUAUGGAGACAACCCAGGCCUCAGUCUCCGCCAUCCAACGCCCACCACAGGACGACGCUCGGAUGUCCGCCCUGGAGCAACAGAUUGCUGCCCUGACCGAGGCCGUCAGCUCUCUGCAUAAACGGUUGGACGGAUCCCGGGGUCGCAGCCCUGGCCGUGGAUCUGGUCCACCGCGCUCACGGAACAACUCGCCCGGUCGGCCCGGCCUGUGUUUCUUUCAUAGCAAGUUUGGCGACCAAGCUAAGAACUGCCGACCACCCUGCUCCCGGUCGUCAAACUAG